AUGCUCAUCUUCCUCAUCCCUGGCGCCCCGCGUCCGAACGUAUUCUUCACCGUCUCCCUCGCAGAUCCGUGCGAGUACGUCCCGCUCUCUCCCGGAUGGGCCGCGCAACUGCACGCCCUGCAAGCAGACGAGCUCGAUAUGCCCUCCUCCGUGCACGCGCUCGAUAAGGCCACGUGGCUACUCGCGAUCCUCACCGAGGUCACGUUCGACCUCACGACGCUCACCAUCUCGUGCGCCUUCACCGAUGGUCCGCCGAUCGAAUGGCCACUCGACGAUCCCGCGUGUGUCCGGAUGCUCGAGGACGUGCUUGCGGACGUUGUGCUCGCGACGGGCGAGCUCGAGCGCGAGCGCGAGAAGGAACUGCAGACCGAGCGCGAGAGGGAGCAGCAGACCGAACCCGCUAAUAAGGCGGAGCUUGUGCCUGCGGCGAAGCCCGUCAAGCACAAGAAGCAGCGCUCUCUACUCAUGUCCCUCGUGUCCUCCCUCAACAAGCUCACACAGAGUGUCUGCGCUGACAGCUCCGCGCCCUCUGGGCUGCGACGCACCUCCUUGUUAACUGCCCCCGCGCCUCCGCCCGGUCGCCCGCCGCGCGUAUCACUUCCCCUGCAUCGCCCUCCAAUAUCCGCGUUCCUGCCGCCCAGCAGGAAAGUCCCGCUCCCCCGGGUCCCGCCUCCCGCACCGUCGAUCUUGUACCAGCACCGCGCGCGCUCCGCACUCGUCGAGGUCUUCCGCGCCUCGAUCGUCCCCGCGCUGCGUGCACGCAUGGUGCCUCGCGCAUACCGUGCUUGGGCCGCGCAGAAUAUGCUGCAGCGCGUAGAAGGCCAGAUGACUGCGAUCGUCCAGGACGCAGGCGGCGUCCCCGCGCUCGGCGGCGAACUCGACCUCAUGCGCGGCGCGCUCCCCGGCACCGGCAGAGGCGCCAGGCGCGUGUCGUCGUCCCCGUUCUUCGACGAUGAGUUCGAUGACGCGUCCCUGACGGAUAGUGUGAGCACCGACACAGACGGCUCGUCGGUACACACCCCCGUAGACUCUCAUUCUAGCUCGCCCUUCGAUCACCCCGAAAAGCUUGCAGCGGGACACGGCCCCGCUCAGCAGCUCCCGCGCACCCCCAGCCCGCCUGUAUUCUCCAGGGAGGACCUCGCAGAGUACACUGCGCUCUCGGCACAGUGCCUCCGUCUGCGGCAGGUGCUCGCGCGCGCGGAGGCUGCUCAGCUCGACGCGCAGCACGACGAGCGCGCGUUCCUCGCCGUGCUCGAGGUCAAGAGCCGCCGGCGCGCGUGGUCGAACCGCGCGUACCUCGGCGGCGCGCACUACUCCGGCAUCGGCCUCGCCACGCCCUUCCGCAGCUCCCCCCUCGCGCGUUACGAGCCCGUCAUGCCGGCUCGCCUCGCUGAGGUGGGGCGUACGCGAGAGCGCCGGCAGCGCGAGCUGGACGUGUGCACCGGCGAGAUAAACGUCGCAACGCUUUUUCCGGUUUGCGAGGAGGAGGAGGAGGAUGACAUGCUCGUCGGCGGUCAGAAGGGCGGGUAUCAGUACGGACAGCUACUUGGACCGCCCGCGAUUACGCGCAGCGGCGAGGAGGGUAGCCUCGCCCGCCCUCCGAUCCGCUCGCGCACGCUCAGCAUGCACAGCCUUGACCUCGACCUCGUGCUUGUGCCGGACUCGCCGCGCCUGCAGGCCGCGUCGCUCCCGCUCCCGCUUGCCCCGCCGCCCGCGCUGCGCUCCCCCCCACCAAGCAUGAACGUCAACGUCAACGUGAAGCCCAUGAGGCCCGCUAUGCUCGAGCCCCGGACCAAGUUCGCGCUCUUCGAGCAAGUGGACCAUCCCGAACGCGUCCUGGUGGACGAUGCUGUGGAGUUUACCCUCGCAAUGGACCUUCCCGCACCCCCGCCCUACAGCAGGGUGCAGGUGCAGACACACGGGAAUGUCCUUCCCCAUGUAAAGGAGUGGGAUGCUGCACAGAGUCGGUGA